AUUGGAUACCAACGACGUUCUAGCAAAAGGUGGCGAAUGGAAACUUGGAAUCGACGAAGAACCUUUACCUUUCCAAAUCGUCAAAGUUGGAGCUAUCAUACGACACCCCGAGUACAAGCCUGGCUCUUAUCACAACGACGUCGCAAUUUUGGUCUUGAGAGAAAAACUGCGAUUCACCACGAAUAUAGGGCCUUUGUGUCUGUCGCAGACCACGGAAAUAUCGCCUAA